GCGUCCACCACGCCUCGCUCUUCACCGUUCAACUGCCGUCUCAUCCUCACCCAUGUUCUCGCUCCUCCUUGCCUCGUCGCUGCCGCAGCCGCCGCAGCCCGUCUCGGCCACCCACGCCCUCUUCCCUCUGCCCGCCUCGCACUUCCCCGCGGCCGCCUCCUCGUCCGCACUCACCCUCUUCCCCGCACCCGCCAGCGGCAGCAGCAGCGACACGCAGGCAGACGCCACCAACCACAGCACCGCGGCAGUCUUCCUCACGGGCCAGGCGCCGCUGCCCGACGGCACGGCGACGAGCGUGCAUUGCUACGUGCCGCCAGAUCACAGUCACGCCGACGACGGCGGCUGGCGAGUCGUCGGCACCAUCACAAAUGCCUCUCCCUCGCUCUUCCUGUCCCUGCCACCUCGCCGUGCCCUCACUCUGCCCUCGCCCUCCCCCUCUAUCGCCGCCUUUCCGCCCGCCUCCGACGCACCGCUGCUCGGCCUCGUGCUCGAGCCGGCGGCGACGUGCGUCGAGAUCGAGGAGGAGCUGGCGCGUCUGCGGGAGGUGACGCGCGACGAGGAGCAGAGCAAAAAGGAGACGCUGAGACAGGACGUCGGCUGGGUCGCGGCGCGCGUCG